GCCUAGUAGGGCAUUGAAGCUGCGGGCGGAGGCGCUUAAUUGAGGUCCUGAUUUGCAGCGGGUGGCUUCUCCCAUAGUGAUCCACUCGCUGUCAAUCAUGUUCCUGAGGAGUAGCAUCUCGCGUCUCCUCCACGCACAAGUACCUUGCAUCCUGACGAGAUCCGUCCACUCUGUGGCUAUAGUCGGAGCCCCUUUCUCUCAGGGACAGAAAAAGAAAGGAGUGGAAUAUGGUCCAGCUGCCAUUCGAGAAGCUGGCUUGCUGAAGAGGCUCACCGUGUUGGGAUGCCACCUAAAAGACUUUGGAGAUUUGACUUUUACUAAAGUCCCCAAAGACGAUCCCUACAAUAAUCUGGUCGUGUAUCCUCGCUCCGUGGGCCUUGCCAACCAGGAACUGGCUGAGGUGGUGAGCAGAGCUGUGUCAGGUGGCUACAGCUGUGUCACCAUCGGGGGAGACCACAGCCUGGCAAUAGGUUCCAUAAGCGGCCACGCCCGGCAGCGCCCAGAUCUCUGUGUCAUUUGGGUUGAUGCUCAUGCCGACAUUAAUACACCCCUCACCACUGUAUCUGGAAACAUCCAUGGACAGCCACUUUCCUUUCUCGUCAGAGAACUCCAAGACAAGAUGCCACAGAUGCCAGGAUUUUCCUGGAUCAAACCUUGCCUCUCUUCCCCAAGUAUUGUGUACAUCGGCCUAAGAGAUGUUGAACCUCCUGAACGUUUUAUUCUAAAGAAUUAUGAUAUCCAGUAUUUUUCCAUGAGAGACAUUGAUCAACUUGGUAUCCAGAAGGUCAUGGAACGGACAUUGGAUCGGCUGAUUGGCAAAACACAGAGGCCAAUCCACCUGAGUUUUGAUAUUGAUGCAUUUGACCCUAAACUGGCUCCAGCCACAGGAACUCCUGUUGCAGGGGGGUUAACCUAUAGAGAAGGAAUGUAUAUUACUGAAGAAAUACAUAAUACAGGGUUGCUGUCAGCUCUGGAUCUUGUUGAAGUCAAUCCUCAUUUGGCCGCUUCAGAGGAAGAGGCCAAGGCUACAGCCAGCCUAGCAGUGGAUGUGAUUGCUUCAAGUUUUGGUCAGACAAGAGAAGGAGGACACAUUGACUAUGACCACCUUCCUACUCCUAGUUCACCACAUGAAUCAGAAAGUGAAGAAUGUGUGAGAAUUUAGGAAAUACUGUACGCACACCUUUCACAGUGGCAUUCCUAAGGUGCAAGGCAUUUAAGGGGUCAGAUAUUAAAUGGCUGUCUAUAUCAACACUGCCUUAAUGAGAACACCUGUGCACUCUCACAAUUGUAAGAUUUCCCUCCUCUAUUUUGAUGCCCAACACUACUACUGUAAAUGUAUUUGGUUUUGCUUGAUGUUUACAAGAUAUUAAUGUUAUACAUGUAAAUUUGAAGGGGUCAUAAACAACAUUUAUUACCUUA